AUGCUCGAACACAUGGAUCGAAUGGGUGAGGUGUCCAAACCUUUGCGUAAAAUAGGCGCCAUUUCGUUUUCCUUCUUUCAAGUAUAUCUCUAUGGGCUAAAAGGCGAUGGGGAAGCGCAGCAAGUUGAAUGGAGUAAGAUUCAGACACCUACUGAUGAAGUGGUGGUUCCUUACGAUACCUUGGCGCCAACUCCGGCAGAUCCGGAGGAAACCAAGAAGCUUUUGGACAAGCUUGUGGUUUUGAAGCUCAACGGAGGUUUGGGGACGACAAUGGGGUGCACUGGCCCUAAGUAUAUAAUGGAGGUUUGGGAGAGGUCUGUCAUUGAAGUUCGUAAUGGAUUGACCUUUCUUGACCUUAUUGUCAUCCAGAUUGAGAAUCUUAAUAAGAAAUAUGGGUGCAGCGUUCCCUUGCUUCUAAUGAACUCAUUCAACACUCACGAUGAUACACAGAAGAUUAUUGAGAAGUACUCGGCCUCAGAUAUUGAGAUUCACACUUUUAAUCAGAGCCAAUAUCCUCGUCUGGUUGUUGAUGAUUUUGUGCCAUUGCCAUCAAAAGGACGUACUGACAAGGACGGAUGGUAUCCUCCUGGACAUGGUGAUGUGUUCCCAUCCCUAAAGAACAGUGGCAAGCUUGAUGCUUUAUUGUCGAAGGGUAAAGAGUAUGUGUUUGUCGCCAACUCAGAUAACCUUGGUGCUAUUGUUGAUUUGAGUAUCCUGAUUUUGGUUCUCAUUGUGACACCCAAAACCCUGGCUGAUGUGAAGGGUGGUACUCUCAUCUCUUAUGAAGGGAAGGUUCAGCUCCUGGAAAUCGCACAGGUCCCUGAUCAGCAUGUCAAUGAGUUCAAGUCAAUCGAGAAGUUCAAAAUUUUCAAUACAAACAACCUGUGGGUGAACUUGAAGGCAAUUAAAAGGCUUGUGGAAGCUGAUGCACUUAAGAUGGAGAUUAUUCCAAACCCAAAGGAAGUAGAUGGAAUCAAAGUUCUUCAGCUAGAAACUGCAGCUGGAGCAGCUAUUAAGUUCUUUGAUCAUGCAAUUGGUAUAAAUGUACCUCGUUCUCGAUUCCUUCCAGUGAAGGCAACUUCAGAUCUGCUUCUUGUUCAGUCCGAUCUUUACACUUUAGUUGAUGGCUUUGUCAUCCGAAAUCAAGCUAGAGCAAAUCCUGCAAAUCCUUCUAUCGAACUGGGGCCUGAAUUUAAGAAGGUUGCCAACUUCUUGAGUCGAUUUAAGUCGAUCCCUAGCAUCAUUGAGCUUGAUAGUCUUAAGGUGACUGGUGAUGUAUGGUUUGGUGCUAAUGUUAUUCUCAAGGGGAAAGUGAGUAUCGUGGCGAAAUCUGGUGUGAAAUUGGAAAUACCAGAUGGAGCUGUUCUUCAAAACAAGAACAAUAAGAGAUCAAUUCAGUUUGCAGUGCCUGAAUUUCGAACGUAUCUUGCAGCAUAUUAG